UUUCCUCCCUUCGGUUUCCCUUCUUACCGCUCAGGAGAUCCAGCGAGAGAGGAGACGCCGUUCCCGCACGCGGCCCUCUCGCUCCGGAAGCGUCUAGAAGCUUCGGGAGGGGCACCCGUCCCCCGCCCCCGGCGCGAGGGAGGGGACGCACCCCGCACCCCGCGCGGCGGAAUGGCGGCAAUGGAGGCCGCCGCCGACGCGGUGCUCGCCGCCGCGAUCCGCGCCUUCUGCGGCCCCGUCGCCGUCUUCAUCCAGAUCCAGGGGUGCCUCAUCUGUCUAACUCUUGGUCUAGGGUGGGCUGUUGCUGCAUUUGUUAGAAAAAAGGAAAUACGGAGGAUGAGGCGCAGAAUUGUAGAUGGAAAUAGUUUUGCAUUUCUUUGUGAUGACAUCGGUGAGCUUGAGCACUCAGUUCAAGAGAAAUUACCUAGGGUCUCUGUAAUCAUGCCAUUGAAGGGCUUUGGUGAGCAUAAUUUGCAAAAUUGGAGAACUCAGAUCACAUCUCUUUAUGGGGGUCCACUGGAAUUCUUGUUUGUAGUAGAAAGCAAAGAUGAUCCAGCUUAUCAUGCUGUUUCACGUUUGAUAGCAGAAUACAAGGACAAGUUGGAGGCAAAGGUGGUUGUAGCUGGGUUCUCAACAACAUGUAGCCAGAAAAUUCAUAAUCAGUUAAUUGGUGUCGAAAAGAUGCAUAAGGACAGCAAAUAUGUUUUGUUUCUGGAUGAUGAUGUGAGACUGCACCCUGGGACAAUUGGAGCACUCACAAAAGAAAUGGAGAAAAAUCCUGAGAUAUUCAUCCAAACCGGGUACCCCCUUGACUUACCUUCUGGCAGCUUGGGAAGCUACUGCAUAUAUGAGUAUCAUAUGCCUUGUUCAAUUGGAUUUGCAACUGGUGGGAAGACUUUCUUUUUGUGGGGUGGCUGUAUGAUGAUGCAUGCUGAUGAUUUUCGGCAAGACUUAUAUGGUGUCGUCAGUGGAUUAAGAGAUGGCGGUUACUCAGAUGAUAUGACCCUUGCUGCAAUAGCUGGGCAGCAUAAAAGGCUCAUAUCUUCACCACCUGUUGCUGUGUUUCCACACCCACUUGCAAGUGACCUUAGUUUCUCGAGAUACUGGAAUUACCUAAGGAAACAAACUUUUGUUCUUGAAUCGUAUGUAUCAAAGGUUAAUUGGAUGAUGAACCGUGCACUAUUUGCAUCACACUGCUAUUUGUCAUGGGGGUUUGUUUGGCCAUAUAUUAUGGCUUUGGUACAUGUUGUGGCUGCUCUGAGAGCACCGUACAGUGAAAUUGUAAAGGAUGCAUCGAAGUCAUCUUGUGGUCUGAAACUGGUGUGCUGCUUGUUAAUAUGCACUCUCACAGAACUUGUUUCAAUGUGGAAUUUAACAAAGGUGGAAAUUCAACUGUGCAACAUGUUGUCUCCUCAAGGGCCAAAAGUCUCUCUUGGUUCUUAUAACUGGGGACUUGUCUUCAUAGCUGUUUUGGUGGACAACUUCCUCUACCCUAUUUCUGCAUUCAGGUCUCAUUUCUCCCAAUCAAUCAAUUGGUCUGGUAUUAGGUACCACCUGAAAGAUGGGAAAAUAAACAAGAUCGACAGAGAGAACAAAUUGAAGUAUACUGAUCUUGGAGGGAAGCAUCUGUAUGGCAAGAGGACAUACCCUUCUAAAACCUCAUUGCUUGGUUAUUUGUCUAGAACUUUAGCGCAAUGGCACCAGCCAAAGAAGUACGAUGUCUAGGAAGGCAAACCAGAAAUUUAGGCCUCAAUUCAGGCCUUCUUGUUGUACACUCCUUUUUGGUCUCCAUCUUCUUUCUUUUCUUCUUUGAUUGUCUAUUGAUUGCUAGGCUCAUUCAUAUUGAAUUUGGUGUUCAAGCAGUGUCAUAUCAAAGGUUUGCACCUCAUAGUUCCUGUAACAGUAUAGAUAUGUAACAUCUGAUCGAAGAAGUGAAAUGCUUCAUAUUGGUUC